AUGAAAUCUGGAUCUUACUGGUCUUCAGCAAAUGAGGACAAGAAGAAGAAGCCGGCGCUUACGGACGAUGAUGUCAACAAAAUCAUCGGUGAGUGGGAGCAGAAGCAGAAAGCCGUGCCUGAUGAUGAAGUGAAAAGCUCGUCAGAAGGCGAGGCGAGCGACCAGGAGGAUCCAGCAGAGAAGGGUUCCGAUGAGGAUUCGGCGAAGCCGGCAUCGAGAGCAGACGAGGCUGCAGCAUCGACAGGUGAGAGCGACAUCGAAGAGUCCGAAAACUCGGACCGGGAAAGCAUUGAGUCUGACGAAGGCUCAGAGGCAUUGACGGGCAGCUCGAGCGAGGCAAAAAAGCUGAAGACUGCUGCUGCCGACUUCGAGAGCGACGAGAGCGACCACGAGACGAGCGACCCCGACACGAGCGACUUGGAGGAGAACGACCACAAGCGCAAACAGACCAAAGACGAGAAGCGACCCAAGACGACCGAGAAGGACACGAGCAAAGACGAGAAGCGGCCCAAGACGACCGAGAAGGACACCAGCAAAGAGGAGAAGCGACCCAAGACGACCGAGAAGGAGACCAGCAAAGAGAAGCGACCAAAGACGACCGAGAAGGAGACCAGCAAAGAGAAGCGACCCCAGGAGGACGAGCGCGACACGAGCAAAGAGGAGAAGCGACCCAAGGCGACCCAGAAGGAGACCAGCAAAGACGAGAAGCGGCCCAAGACGACCGAGAAGGACACCAGCAAAGAGGAGAAGCGACCCAAGACGACCGAGAAGGACACGAGCAAAGACGAGAAGCGACCCAAGACGACCGAGAAGGACACCAGCAAAGAGGAGAAGCGACCCAAGACGACCGAGAAGGAGACCAGCAAAGACGAGAAGCGACCCAAGACGACCGAGAAGGAAAGCAGCAAAGACGAGAAGCGACCCAAGACGACCGAGAAGGAGACCAGCAAAGAGAAGCGACCCAAGACGACCGAGAAGGAGACCAGCAAAGAGAAGCGACCCCAGGAGGACGAGCGCGAAACGGACGCAUCCGACGAGGAGAAGGACGGCGACAUCGACGAGGGUGACGUGGCAAAGAGCAAGGGCAAGUUGGGAGAUGCCGAAAGCAAGUCCCUUCCGAAUUCCAGCUCCCAUCGCAAGGAGUACAUGCGGUUCAAGAGGUGGACGAAGUCGAAAUCCCGCUUCCCCAGCAAGCUGCUUGCGACGGUGCAAACCCAGGAGGGCCGCAGCAAACUCUUCUUGGACUACCUCGAGUGCGAGGGGGAUACGGAGAAAACCGUUCUAAAGUUCGAGGCCCGCGUGGAGGACAAAGACUCGACGACCAUCAAGUGGGGCUUCCGCCCCGAGAAGUGGCUCCAGGAUCGACAUGGUGAACGGAAGGCCACGAAGUUGAUGGAGCGCAAGAAAGCGCUUGGUUUGACGAUUCCGGAUCCGGAGCUCCCUGCUGACAGUGGGGAAGUGCUUUACUUUGUGAUGUUGGAGAUGGACUUCGCCAACAUCCAGGAGGUUGCAAGGGUCACCCAGCUGGAGCUCAAAGGUGGGAUCGACAAGGAUGGUCUGAAGGAGUUCGUGAAGGCACGUGCCCUUAAGGGCGGUGGCAUCCUCGACCCCAGCAUGAACCUCAAGCUGAUGGACUUUGGCUCCGGGGCUCCGCUCAAUGGGAGCCAGUUGAUGCUGAAAGCCGCGGGGUCUAGUGCUGUGACACCCAAGAAAAACACCAACAAGAACCCAAAGAACAAUCAGAAUGCGGAAACUGAAAAGAAGGUGGAGCCCAAGACCCCACUGCAGAAAGCCGAAGCCCGCACCAACAAAGCAUUCAAAGACGCGGCCGACUGUACGCCUGCUGUCAGCUUGCAGCUGAAAGAGGUGGCGGCUGCAAUCCAGCAGCUCACGAACAAAGGCAAGAAUAAGAACAAGUACUAUGUUCACGUGUGCAAGGAGGCCAUCGACGGCCACACUCAGCACCCAGACUGCAAGAAAUUCGCCGCUCAGUCAAGCAUCGACCAGGCAGGGAUGUGGGUGGUGGCGAAUGCCAGUGCUGCUUCCCUGCGGACUUUCAAGAAGAUCUGCUCCGGGGCACUGACGGUGGCAGAAGGUUGCAGGGAUGCGGCAGCUUUGCUUCUGGAUGGAUCCACUUGCCCCCUUGCAGAGCUUAUGGCAAUAUGGGGCAACAGCGAGCACGGUGAAAGAUCUUUUCAGAGGUGGUGCAAGGAGCAUUGCCGAAUUCAGCCUGGCCGAAUAGAGCUGACUUUGAAGACAGACGAGGAUGUCGCGCUCAGAGAACAUGCAGUGCUCUGGCCCUGGGACACUUUGAAUUACCUUUACAGCAGCAACAAAUUGGCCACCUGGCUUUAUGACCCACCUGAACGUGCAUCCUUCCACAUCACGGAAUAUUGGCGAAAUGUACAACACCUGGAGUUUUACGAAAAGCUGGGGAUUUCUGAGAAGGACUGGCCACACUGUAUUCCACUUUCCUGGCAUGUGGACGGGGUAAAGGUAUAUCGGUCGCAGAAGGCAUGGGUGUAUAGUUUUGGCUGCUGCACCCGAAAAGGGCCUUCGAUCGACACCAAAUUGCUCUUCCUUUUGUUCAGGGAGCAGGAAAUGUGCAAGCCUGACACCCACGACGAGGUUGGAACCAUCAUCGCGUAUGUGAUGCAUGUGCUCAUGACAGGUAUGUAUCCUGAUGUUCAGUGGGAUGGUGCUCCCUGGCCAGAGGGAAGUUUGGAGUUCAAAAGAGCCGGCCAGCCCUUCGCUGGAGGUUGGCGUGCAUGCUUUGCUGCAUUCAAAGCAGACCUUGAGGCUCGGGCGCUUGUGCACAAGAUGGUCCGGAACUGGUCAUGCAACAGCAUCUGUGAGCAUUGCCUUGCUUCGAAGCUGCCUGAGCUAAGCUAUGGUGACUUCAGCUCCGGAGCUUCCUACAUGCAGUUCAUGUUGACUCAUGCAGAGUUUCUGGAAUUGAACCCCCCGCAUCGCCAGUCUUCUUGGGUUGAUGUCCCCGGCUGGACAAAAGACAGAAAUGUCGAGGAUAUGCUGCAUGUGGUACAUCAGGGCAUUGGCCCUUUGUUGAUCGCGUCCUUGCUCUCGGACCACUACGAGGAGCUGCACGACCACAAGCUCAAACUGAGGCAGCUCGAAGAACUGCUACAACGUGAUGCGUGGCCACACUACAAGAAAUGGGUGCGAGAUCGCAAGCUGCCAAGCUGCAGCAUGCAGUUUUCUUUGGUCCGCAUUGGACGGGAGAGCUGGCAACGGAUGCCGGAGAUGGCAUCAUGCUACAAAGCUGCUGUCAUCAAGGCGAUGUUGUACUGGAUUGCAUCAUUUCUUUUGGAACGCAAGCAAGACAAUCAAGCAGGCUUUAUCGUCAGAGCCGACCUUUCCUACACCUUGGCGCAAUUUCACUAUUUGCAGGAUUGCAAUGGGCCGUGGCUUAAUGAGCAAGCAGCCGCAGAGAUGGCAUGGUAUGGCCACAAAUUUCUGCUCCUCUACCAAUUUGUCGCAGAGCAGGCCAGGCGAGCCGGGCGCGUCAUCUACAAACUAGUGCCCAAAUUUCAUGUGAUGCUCCACAUGUGCUUGCGGCUGCCUUUGGACAGACGAAACCCCCGCUACGACCACCUGUAUAUGGAGGAAGAUUUUAUGAAGGAAAUUGGUCGUAUCGCAUCGCGAACGCAUGCGCGAACUAUGAGUAGCGUGACAUUGCUUCGAUAUCGGGCAUUGUUGGAAAGCGGGGGUCUAGGCCCUCAUGAGCAGGCCAGGAAUCCUCACAGCUAUCUUUGA